AUGUUAAAUAACAGCUCCAUCACCCACUUCCUCCUCCUGGCAUUCACAGACACACGGGAGCUGCAGCUCUUAUACUUCUGGCUCUUCCUGGGCAUCUACCUGGCUGCCCUCCUGGGCAACAGCCUCAUCAUCACCGCCAUCGCCUGCGACCACCACCUCCACACCCCCAUGUACUUCUUCCUCCUCAACCUCUCCCUCCUUGACCUGGGCUCCAUCUCCACCACUCUCCCCAAAGCCAUGUUAAAUUUACUAACAGACACCAGGGACAUCUCUUACUUGGGAUGUGCUGCACAAGUAUUUCUGUUUCUGUUUUUGUUACCAUCAGAGUUUUCUCUUCUCACCAUCAUGGCCUAUGACCGCUACGUUGCCAUCUGCCAACCCCUGCACUACGGGACCCUCCUGAGCAGCAGAGCUUGUGUCCACAUGGCAGCAGCUGCCUGGGGCAUUGCAUUGCUCAAUUCUCUCCUGCACACUGCCAACACAUUUUCCCUACCAUUCUGCCAGGGGAUUGCUGUGGACCAGUUCUUCUGUGAAAUCCCCCAGAUCCUCAAGCUCUCCUGCUCAGAUUCCUACCGCAGGGAAGUUGGGCUCCUUGUGGUUAGUGUCUGUUUAGGAUUUGGGUGUUUUGUUUUCAUCGUGCUGUCCUAUGUGCAGAUCUUUAGGGCCAUGUUAAGGAUCCCCUCUGAGCAGGGACGGCACAAAGCCUUUUCCACGUGCCUCCCUCACCUUGCUGUGGUCUCCCUGUUUGUCAGCACUGGCAUGUUUGCCUACCUGAAACCCCCAUCCAUUUCCUCCCCAUCCCUGGACCUGGUGGUGUCAUUUCUGUACUCAGUGGUGCCUCCAGCAGUGAACCCCCUCAUCUACAGCAUGAGGAACCAGGGGAUCAAGGAUGCACUGAAGAAGCUGAUUCAAGAAAACUUCAUUCACCAUGAACUUCUGAACCCCACCAUCAAACCAUCCAUCCAGACUGUAAGGUCCUUACUUGGGCAUCUGGACAGGCCCAAAGAGUGGUGGUGA